AUGACGCCCACCAAAGCAGAAAUCCUCCUUGCAGAGGUCGAGAUCCGCCACCUCCUUGUUCGGGAACGCUACUAUCGUGAUACAGCACAAUGGACGAAGUUUCGAGAAAGCUGGCACCCAGACGCCAGUCACACAAAGAUACAAGUAUCUUGGUUCAGCGGCAACAUCGAUGAAUUCCUUGCUGCGUCACAGGAGAUGGUCAAAGGAGGCACGCUGGCGACACACUUGAUCAUGCCUGUAGAUAUUCACUUGUCUCCUUGUCACCAAAGGGCUGUAUCUGAGUCUACAGGGAACAUCACGUUCAAAUUCAAGGUGGAGGAAGAGACAUAUGAGCUGGUCAGCUGGACGCGGUUUAUAUCAAGGCUCGAGAAGGUCGGCGAAGAUUGGAAGCUGGCAGGACUGGAGGCCAUCUACGAUCGGGACAGUAUAACCGUCGCCAUGCCAUCCACACAUGGAGAUGGAGCACAUGGUACUUCGUUUAAACAUGUGGGCAGACGAGAAAGUUAUUCCAGUCUUGCGUGGUUUCUCGAGCAGAGAGGACUACCUGUCAGCGACGACCUUGCCGGCACGGACAGGCCACAAUCGGUGGAAGAGCUUAUGGUCCGACAAUUUGACUGGCUGGACAAGUAG